AUGGCUGCAACUAAAAUAUUGCGAAACUACUUCUUAAAGUUAAACAGGACAACUUGCAGAAAUUUUAGCAGAAUUAAUCCUAAGACACUACAAAAACAAUAUCCAUCUUUUCUAUAUUUUCUAGGUGGCUCUGCAACUUUACUGUUUGCCUAUAAAUUUAAAUAUUUUCCGAAAGUGUAUGCGGCUCAAUCAAAAAACGAUGACGAUGUAAAAGUAGUGAAAUUAACUUCAAGAGAAAAACGAUUUAUCAGAUUUUCCUCUGUGGAAUACGAUGGUCAGCUGUACAUGACACCUCAAGAUUUUCUUGAGUCUGUAGUUGAGGCAGAGCCAAGACCAAGAUUGAAGAGAAAAGUACUUAACCAGAAGGAACUCGAGAAAAUCAGAGAUGGUACACCCUCACUGAAUCAAGGUUCACCACGAUUGUUUAGGAGUUUAAGAGAUAAAGGUAUCAUCUCAUAUACAGAGUAUCUUUUUCUUUUGUCAAUAUUAACAAAACCCGAAUCUGGCUUUAAAAUAGCUUUUAACAUGUUUGAUACUGACGGAAACCAAAGAGUGGAUAAAAAUGAAUUUCUAGUGGUAAGAAAACUAUUGGCAGGAAAAAAAUGUGAAGAUAAUGAUACCAUGGAAAAAAUAUUUAGUCAUGCUUGGAAAGGAAAAAGAGGUAUGAACAGCGAGUCAGAAGAGCUAUCAUCCAUCCAAGAACAGUAUGUCGAUGACGAACAAGGCCUCCAAAGAAAACAUAUCGUCGAUACUACUCUUCUAAUACAUUUCUUUGGUCCCAAAGGUAACACCGAUCUCAACUUUGAGAGUUUCAAGAGGUUCAUGCUGCACUUACAAACAGAAGUACUUGAAUUAGAGUUUAACGAAUUUUCCAAAGGUCUUCCGACGAUUUCUGAAGUUGACUUUGCUAAAAUAUUGCUGAGGUACACUUAUUUAGACACUGACGAGUAUGAUAUGUAUCUAGAUAGACUACUGGAUAGAAUUAAAGAUACGAAAGGAAUCACUUUUGAAGAAUUUCAUGUGUUUUGUCAGUUUUUAAAUAAUUUAGAGGAUUUUACUAUUGCCAUGAGGAUGUACACCCUUGCUGAUCACCCCAUAUCCAAAGACGAAUUUCAUAGAGCUGUGAAGAUAUGUACAGGAACUAAUUUAAGUCAACAUUUGGUCCAUACAGUAUUUGCCAUUUUUGAUGAUGAUGGUGAUGGGCUUUUAAGCUAUAGGGAAUUCAUUGCUAUCAUGAAGGAUAGGCUACACAGAGGAUUUAAGUCCUACGCCAAGAACGAAGGAUGGGAAGCGUUCAAAACAUGUAUUAAACAGGAAAUGAAGGCACCAGUUUAA